AUGGAUGUCACCAGCGUGCCCCCAGCCUCUGUGACCCCCUCGUGGGAUGUGUUCCCCCAGCAGACCCUGGAGCCCGUGGACAUCGCUGUGCUGGUGCUCUAUUUCCUCUUUGUCCUGGCCGUGGGGCUCUGGUCCAUGUGGAAGACGCAGCGCAGCACCGUCAAAGGCUAUUUCCUGGCCGGGGGACAGAUGGCCUGGUGGCCUGUGGGCGCAUCCCUGUUUGCCAGCAACGUGGGCAGCGGGCACUUCAUCGGCCUGGCUGGCUCGGGAGCUGCCUCGGGAAUCGCUGCCACAGCCUACGAGUGGAAUGGGAUGUUCUGUGUCCUGGUGCUGGCCUGGCUCUUCCUGCCCAUCUACAUCGCCUCGGGGGUCACAACCAUGCCGGAGUAUUUGCGGAGACGUUUUGGAGGCAAAAGAAUUCAGAUAUUCCUGGCCAUGCUUUAUUUGUUCAUCUACAUCUUCACCAAAAUAUCUGUGGACAUGUACGCCGGGGCCCUGUUCAUCCAGCAGGCCUUGCACUGGGACCUGUACAUCGCUGUGGCCGGGCUGCUGGCCAUCACUGCCGUGUACACCGUGUCUGGUGGCCUGGCAGCCGUGAUCUACACUGAUGCCCUGCAGACCCUCAUCAUGCUCAUCGGGGCCGUGUCCCUCAUGGUCUUCAGUUUUAUUGAAGUUGGUGGCCUUGAAGGUUUACAGGCAAAAUACUUUGAUGCCAUUCCCAGCAUCCGCAAGGAGAACAGCAGCUGUGGCCUGCCCAGGGGAGAUGCUUUCCACAUUUUCCGAGACCCUGUGAACUCUGACCUGCCCUGGCCAGGAGUCUUGGUGGGAAUGACCAUCCCAUCCCUGUGGUACUGGUGCACAGACCAGGUCAUUGUUCAGAGGUCCCUCGCUGCCAAAAACCUCUCCCACGCCAAAGGAGGCUCCUUGAUGACCUCCUACUUGAAGAUUUUGCCCCUCUUUAUGAUGGUAAUGCCAGGCAUGAUCAGCCGGGUUCUCUUCCCAGAUCUGGUGGCUUGUGCAGACCCGGAAAUUUGCCAAAAAAUCUGUGGCAACCCCUCUGGCUGUUCUGAUAUUGCUUAUCCCAAGCUGGUGUUGGAGCUCCUGCCUGUAGGACUCAGGGGCCUGAUGAUGUCAGUGAUGAUCGCAGCCCUCAUGUCCUCCCUGACUUCCAUCUUCAACAGCGCCAGCACCAUUUUCACCAUGGACCUGUGGAAACACUUCCGUCCCCGCUGCUCCGAGUGGGAGCUGAUGAUCGUGGGCAGGGUGUUUGUGCUGCUGCUCACCGUGGUGUCCAUCCUGUGGAUCCCCCUGGUGCAGGCUGGCCAGGGCGGGCAGCUCUUCAUCUACAUCCAGUCCAUCAGCUCCUACCUGCAGCCGCCCGUGGCCAUGGUGUUCAUCCUGGGCUGCUUCUGGAGGAGAGCCAACGAGAAGGGAGCCUUCUGGGGGCUGCUGCUGGGGCUGCUGCUGGGCGCCGUCCGCCUGGUGCUGGAUUUCAUCUACCCCGAGCCCCGGUGCGGCGAGCCCGACGGCCGGCCCGGCGUGGUCAAGUACAUGCACUACCUCUACUUCUCCAUGGUGCUGGCAGCCGUCUCCACCCUCACCGUGCUCGUGGUCAGCGUGGCCACCGAGCCCCCGGCCCCCGAAAUGAUAAGUCGUCUCACCUGGUUCACCCGUGGGGACCCUCUGCCCAAGCAGGAGCUGGCAGCCAAGGACCCGGCCACGCUGCAGCUCGAGCUGAGCCCUGCUCCCGACAAUAGUUCAGAUGAUAACAAAUGUGCGGCCGAGGCCAAGGGGAGCUCGAAGCUGCUGAGCACCUUCCUGUGGCUCUGUGGGAUGGAGAGCAGGCAGGAGGGUGCUGAGAACGUGCCCAAAACAGAGCCCCUGCCCGUGGCUUCCCUGGAGGAGAAACCGCUGGUGAAACACAUCCUGAACAUCAACCUGCUGCUGUGUGUGUGUGCUGGAGUCUUCCUCUGGGCAUACUUCGCAUAG